AUGCCGGUUCCUGAACGUUGCCUUGAAACCAAAUAUCAAGCCUCGUGGGACGAAUCCGACACCAUCUACAGGUACGACCUGGUGCAGCCAAUAUGGUGGAACUGCCAAUGGGAAAGAAUCAAUUUCUGGGUAGCCGCUUGUGUACUCAAAUUGGUGCCGUGUGUCCUACUGACGGUCUUCAUGACACUUUUAGUACGAAUGCUCAUCGAAGCACGUGAAAGACGAUUACGGCUUUGUGGAGGUGUCCCUACUGGGAAUUCUCAAGCUGAACGUACAACCGCAAUGCUCACAGGAAUUGUGGCCGUGUUUUUGAUUACAGAACUGCCUCAAGGAAUUCUUGGCCUUGCUGUUGGUGAGUUUUACCGAAAAGAUAGCAGGCUAAGUAAAAAAUCAUGA